GUCUUAGACUGUGAGAGCAGCACUGUUCAACUGUAAUUGUCAGCCAAUCAGAGCAAAACAUUUUCUGUACCAUAUCCCGGAUGAGAAGCUUCGCCGCCACCGAAAACGACUCUAAGAACAGGAACUGGGUGUAUAUACUUACAUAGUAGCAAUAGUAGUUAAAUACACAUACAUAAUAUAAAUAACGAUGAAGUUUACUCAAAUACUUUGUAAACAAAAUACAGGUAGAAUGAUAGCAUUCUUGUGGCAAAGACAGAGAAAAAGAACUAUGCUUAUAUCUAAUGCAGAGAAAAUGGUAAAAUCCAUGGGUUAUGAAGUAAAAGAUGCAUCAGAAGUAGCAGAUCCACCAAAACAAUUUGAAAAAAUCGAUUUACCUCCCAGAUCUAACGUAGAUCCUGACUGGAAGGAAAGAAGUUGUUUGACGUAUAAAGAUUACAAUGUUUUACAAGAAGGUGUGCCCCAAGCCUGUUUAUUAACAAAAACAUUAAAAAUUGAUGAUGAACUUCCAACUAAAAUACAAGAUUUGAUCACAGAUAUCCCAGAACAUAUAGACAAUUUAGUAAAAAGAAUUGUUUUAACAUCCACUGUACUUGAUGCACAACAGGUAAAAUUACCAAAAUUGAAAGAUCCUGAAAGACCAAGAUGGGUAUUUCCUAGAUUGUAUGGUAUUUCGAGCACAAGAAAAAUGCAUAACAUAUCAUAUAAAUUUUUGCAACUAUGUGAAUCUUUAUGCGGACUUAAUGUUGCACAAACUCGAACAGUAGUACGUGAUGGAAUUUUGUCUACAUGCAUAGAGAAAGAAUCAUAUUUUAUAAAUUUGUGCUUAAAAAUGGAUCUAAUAACAUCACUAAUGCCCUUAACAUCAAUAGCUGAUGUAAAUGAAAGUAUGAAACACGACCUACCGGAUCUUUUUCCAUUACAUUUUGCUCUUGGUUUAGUAAAAACAAAUAUUUACAAAACUGACAAUAUAUACCCAAUUGCCGCAAAUUCUGCUAUGCAGAAUAUUCACACAAUUUUUGUGAAUCAUGAUCCGGAAGAAGUAAAGAAUAUAACAGGAUUGCCUGUUACUGAAGAUCAAAUUCAGGCACGUUCAUUGAUGGAAUCAUUUACAGCAGCAACAGUUUAUGCUCGUCAAAGGUUUGGAUUAAAUGUAAAAGAAUUAUCGGAGCCUGUUGUUGUACAAUGUAUUCAGUCUGAUGGACAGAAAUAUCAUUUUUCCGUAUAUCAACUUAAUACAUUAGACCUUGAUGGUAAAGAAGGGAUUAAAAAUUUUUGGUGGUCAACGCCAAUAUAUAAAUUAUAUGAAGAAGCUAAGUAUAAAGAUGGGAAACCCUAUAUUAAAGAAUAUAAUAAUGAAAUAUUUAAAAGAUUCUUUGCAUUUUAUAAAAAUAAAUAAAUGAAAAAUAGUUUAUUAUUAAUAAAUGAAUGUUACCUAACCAGAAUGAGUAAGUUCUUUAUCUUACAUUUAAUGCUACACCUGGGAGAAGUUAUUAGAUUCUUUCCAAAAUAUUAAAUAAUCGCAAGACUAAUAUCUUAUAACUUUUUUCCGAUUUAAAAAAUUUUACAUCUUCAUUCCUUCUUUGUCUCGCAAACAUCAUGCUAUAGCUAAUAAAUUUUCGAAAAGCGU